UAUGAAAUUAGCGUCGUUGUGCGUUUGUAAGCGCACCAGGCGGACCAUGUUUUGUUCCUCCCUCGAGUUCUUCAGAGCCCUGUGGUUCUGGCAACUCUUCACUGCAACAAGUGUCUCUAUCCACAGCAGUGACUUUCUCUCUCUAGAUUUUUUCUAUGCAUGUAGCUCUUCUUUCUUUGCUUCCCUGCAGAUUUCUUCGCCAGUUUCUCCAUUCAAAGGGCGGAUAAUCGGAGCUCUCUUCGGUUUCACCGUACAAAGCCACGGCAAGGCGAAUUAUCGAGGAGGUAAAGUGCAUUUCCGAUAUUAACAAGCAGCGAGCUUCACGAUCAGAGAGGUCCUCUGCAUUUGCAGCUCGCGCGGCUUGGAAAUCUCUGCGUGCGCCAAACAUAGCUUAUAGAGAAAUGGAUGGAAAUACUUCUGGCGAAGAUGGGAAUGAUAUUGACUGGAGUACAGAAGAUGAGCUGGAAAUUGAGAGCUUCACUUUAUCUUCUUCUUCAAGUCUGACAGUUCCAGGUAGAGAAGCUAUUGUGGGCUCUGGGGAGGCGAGCUCAUCUCAAGGUCCUUCAAAUUCCAAAGUUGUUGAUCAUUUUGUUGGGAUGGGAUUUUCUGGAAAAAUGGUUGCCAAAGCAAUUCAGGAACAUGGAGAGGAGAAUACAGAUUCAAUUCUUGAAACCCUCCUUACAUAUUCAGCUCUUGAAAGUUCUCCCCAAGAACAGCAACAAGUUGAUUGUGAUGAUCAGUUUUCUUCGGAUAGCAAGGCGAGCUUUCCGGAUGAUUUUUCAGAUAUCGAUAGUUAUUCUGAUAAUGAGGACAUCCUAAAUCCUACAUCCGAAAAAAACAAAAAGUUAUUAUCCUUGGUCAAUAUGGGGUACACAGUAGAGGAGGCUUCAAUAGCAAUAGAAAGAUGUGGUCUUGACUCCACAGUUGUUGAGUUGACUGAUUUCAUAUGUGCUGCUCAAAUGGCAAGGGCCGAAGAUGCCCAUCUUCCUCUUGAAGAGAAGCCUAGACUAAAUCAUGCAUACAAGAAGAGGAAACUUCUCGAGUAUGAGCUGCUGAAAAAGAAAAAGCAUAUGCGACUUGGGAACAAGACCAUAGACGAAGAUGAUGAGGCAGUUCAUCUCCCAAAUCCAAUGGUUGGGUUUGGCAUCCCAUCUGAACCAUGCUUGAAAACACACAGGAACCUUCCAGAGGCAGCUUUAGGCCCACCGUAUUUCUAUUAUGAGAAUGUGGCACUUACUCCUAAAGGGGUUUGGAGUACUAUAUCCCGCUUCCUAUAUGAUGUACAACCGGAGUUUGUUGACUCCAAGUAUUUCUGUGCUGCUGCAAGGAAAAGAGGUUAUGUUCACAAUCUUCCUAUUGAAAACAGAUUUCCUCUUAUUCCGCUUCCCCCACACACCAUACAUGAGGCAUUUCCCUUGAUAAGGAAAUGGUGGCCUUCUUGGGAUACGCGGACAAAGUUGAACUGCUUGCUAACCUCCAUUGCCAGUGCAAAAUCAACAGAGAGGAUCAGGAAGGCUCUUGAGGAUUAUGAUGGCGAACCACCACUGAGAGUCCAAAAAUAUGUUCUUGAUGAAUGCCGGAAGUGGAAUCUGGUGUGGGUAGGAAGAAAUAAGGUUGCCCCACUUGAGCCUGAUGAAGUGGAAAUGCUUUUGGGCUUCCCAAAGAACCACACAAGGGGAAUAAGCAGGACUGACAGAUACAAAUCACUCGGGAAUUCAUUCCAGAUUGAUACAGUGGCAUACCAUCUGUCAGUAUUGAAAGAUAUGUUUCCCAAUGGCAUCAACCUCCUCUCUCUUUUCUCUGGGAUUGGCGGGGCAGAAAUAGCUCUUCACCGGCUUGGUAUUCGUCUAAAGAAUGUCGUGUCGGUAGAGAUCUCUGCAGUGAAUAGAAAUGUUGUGAGGAGUUGGUGGGAACAGACAAACCAGAGAGGGAAUUUGUAUGACCUUGAUGAUGUACAGCAGCUGAACGGUGACAGACUGGAGCAUUAUAUGACUUUAUUUGGUGGUUUUGAUCUUGUAGUUGGUGGGAGUCCAUGCAACAAUCUUACAGGCAGCAACAGGCUUCAUCGAGAUGGACUCGAGGGUAAAGAAUCUUCCCUCUUUUAUCACUACUAUCGUAUACUAGAUUUAGUCAGGUCCAUAAAGACAUAAAACAAUUGA